UCCCUGAACCGUUGGCUGUCAAAUGCCCGAGGGCUCGGUUCCAAUCCUCGUCAACAGGAGCUUCUCGCACGACCACAGUCACAGGAGACCAUUCUUUGCUCUUUCCCUUCCUCCAUCUCGAUAACAAAUCCCGGCGACUCGUCCCCUGAACCCUCACCGUCGGUCACCGGAGGGACAUCCUCAUCCCGGGCUUCUCCGCAAUGGCAUCGUCUCUCUGCCUCUCCCCAAUUCCCCACCUCAAUUACCGCCACCAGCACGCCUCUCGGUACCCGCCUCUCCGCAAAUCUAGCGAUUUCCGGCGUCACGGCAGGAAGCCUAGCUCGCCUGCGAGCGACGGGGGCACCCAGUCGGAGAACGCGGUGCUCAGGCUGGCGUGGUACGGCUCGGAACUCCUGGGAAUCGCCGCCUCCUUCUUCCGGCCUGCUCCCCCGCCGGCCCCGGUGCAAGAGCUCGCCGGAGAUGGGGAUGGAUUAGGGUCGAUGACUCGUGCUCAAGUGGUGGAGGCCAUCAAAGAAGACUUCCAGCGCUCCUACUUUGUCACAGGAAAUUUGACCCUCAAUGCUUAUGAAGAAGACUGUGAAUUUGCUGACCCAGCAGGUUCGUUCAGAGGUCUCCAGCGUUUUAAAAGAAAUUGUUCAAAUUUUGGAUUACUGCUUGAAAGUUCUAAUAUGAAACUCAAGGAGUGGGAGGACUUUGAGGAUAAGUCAAUCGGUCAUUGGCGUUUUAUUUGCAUCAUGUCAUUUCCUUGGAGGCCCAUCCUUUCUGCUACUGGGUACACCGAGUACUACUUUGAUGCUCAAUCAGGAAGAGUGUGCAGGCAUGUGGAACAUUGGAAUGUUCCAAAGAUGGCACUUCUUAAGCAAAUAUUCAGGCCAAGCCGCUGGGUAUGGGAAAAACAGUGAAGAACUUCAACCAUCAAGUGCGUGCUAAACCACUCAAAUAGUGUUUGCUGUAAGUACAGAAGUGUGAUCAAGAAUGUGUCAAGUCCGAGCAGAAACGUUCUUGCUUAUAUACUUGGUUUUGCCUCAACAAUAUCUGGCAUGAUUCUUACCGGGGAUUUAUUUUCCCUGCUGCAGCUAACGCCCUGAGAUAUGUGUAUGAUGCAUCAAGUAGUCACCUGGAUAUAAUGAAGGUGAAAUAAUGCUUGUUUGUGAGAUAUGGGGGCUGUAAUUAGAUUUACAUAAUUGAUGUAUCGGCACCGUGCCUGUUAGAGCAACAGGGCUGGUGCAUAAAAUGGUUUUUUUGUUUAGACCACCCAAAGCAGAGAGGAUUCUGACAUUCUACUGAGCAGUUGAUGUACCAGAUGAGAAACUACUGGGAAAGAAUUUGGAUAUUUUAAAUAUAAAUGGACUUUGUGGUAUGACAUUUC